UUAUUUCUCAUAUAUAUCCUCUUUUCUCUCUCUAGUACUCCACAUGUAAAUGUUCACAACAUGUAUUACUUUUCUCACAUGUUCUGUUAAAUCUCUUAUGUUUUAGAAGCUUAUUAUUCAGAAACAAACAACAAUUUUUUGGGAUAGUUGAAAUAGCUUGAAAAGUUAUCAUGUCUGCUUAUGGCCAUCAAAUGGAGCAUAUGUAUUCUACAAGAACUCUCUCAGAUGGUUCUGAAAUGAGAAGCAGUUAUGUGUUAGAAUCUGGAUUCUAUAUUACAUCUUUUUCUGCAACCAUCUUCAUUGCCGGAUUUUCUACUAUUGGACUUUUAUUAAUUACUUUGCUGGUUUCACUCUCAAUGAUGCUGCAAUCAUGUAAAAGUAGCAACACUGGAAUUGUUGAGUUUAGGAAAAUAAAUGAUGAAUAUGCUUAUUGCAAAGUUUAUUCUCUGCAUACUAAGCUCAAUAAUUUGGAACAACAUAAUGUUCCUAACAUUUGUAAGGAUUUAGCUGUAAAGUAUAUCAAAGAUGGUCAAUAUGCUAGAGACUUGGAUUUAACCAAAUCUGUGAUUGAAGAUUAUUUCAAUGGUGUUACAUCAUCAAAUGAUGGCCUUGAUGUGGUGUUGAUGGAUAUAGAUGGCAUUUUUCCAAUGAAACCUCAUUCCUCCAAUUUGUUUCAAAGCAUUACCAAUUGUAUAUUAGAGGCAAAUAAUUUAAAGCGCAUGGUAAUGUUGAGAUUAUACAUGAACCUUCAAGCUAGUGGUUGGUCUAUAAUUUUGUUAUCAAGAGAGCCAAAAACACAACAAAAUGUUACCAUCAAUAAUCUUGUCUCUUCUGGAUUUAGAGAUUGGUCUUCAUUGAUGAUGAGAGCAAAUGAUGAAAAUUGUACCAAAGUAAAUGAGUAUUUUUCUAAGCAAAGGAAUGUGAUAAAUUCAAAGGGGUUCCGAAUAAAAAGCAUCAUAAGCAGCCAUGUGGAUAUUUUGACAGUUGCAUAUGCAGAUAUAGGAAUAAGAUUUUUUUUGCUACCAGAACCUAUAUAUGACAUGUUUGAUCCUCAAAGGAGAGCAUAGAUGCUGGAUAUUAGUUUCAUCCUUAUAGGAGGAAUAUGGAGUUUUGGGUUCCACUAGUAUUUUUUUCUUGUAAAAGAAAAUCAUAUGUAUCUUGUAUUGUUCAUAUCUAUCAGGGGUGUUCUGUUACAUAUUAGCCAAACGACAAGAGGUGUGCUUGUAAAUUUGGGUCAAAACAGAACAUAGGCCUUUUUAAAAAAAUAUGUAUGUAGUAUGGGCCUUUUUGUUGCGGUUGGAAACAUGAAAAAGUGCAAACAAGGUCAACUCUUGCACAAAAAAGCAUGAUACAAAGAAAUAUUUCAUUUAUUA